GGGAGAUAUGGUGAUGGAUCGGAACAAGCGGAAUUCGAUAGCGGGGUUCCCGUCCCGGCCAGAUCGGUUUGAGGAUCAUGAGGGAGGGGGCGGGGGGGAGGCGGGUGCCCCCCAGAUGGGCCGGUUCUGCUCAUCCUCCUAUCGAGCCCUCAUCAACGCCUUCUCCCGCCUCACACGCCUCGACGACUUCAUCUGCGAGAGAAUCGGCACAGGCUUCUUCUCCGAAGUUUACAAGGUGCGACACCGGACCUCUGACCAGGUGAUGGCCCUAAAGAUGAACAAGAUGAGCAGCAACAGAGCUAACAUGUUGAGGGAGGUGCAGCUCAUGAACAGGCUCUCGCACCCCAACAUCCUCAGGUUUAUGGGUGUUUGUGUGCACGAAGGCCAGCUCCAUGCACUGACCGAGUACAUCAAUGGUGGUAAUUUGGAACAACUUCUUGAUAGCAACAAGCACCUGAGCUGGGCAGCUCGAGUCAAGCUGGCACACGACAUUGCCAUGGGUCUGAGCUACCUGCACUUUAAGGGAAUCUUCCACAGAGACCUGACAUCCAAGAACUGUUUGAUAAAGUGUGAGGAAGACGGUUACACAGGGGUGGUGGGAGAUUUUGGUCUUGCUGAGAAAAUCCCUGAUUACAGUGUUGAAAGUGAGAAGUUGUCGGUGGUCGGCUCCCCAUUUUGGAUGGCGCCUGAGGUCCUCAGAGAUGAGCAAUACAAUGAGAAGGCGGAUGUCUUUUCCUAUGGUAUCGUACUCUGUGAGAUUAUAGCCCGGAUACAGGCUGAUCCAGAUUAUCUGCCACGCACAGAGAAUUUUGGUUUGGACUACCAUGCUUUUCAGCACAUGGUUGGAGACUGUCCACCUGACUUCCUCCAGCUGGCUUUUAACUGCUGUAAUAUGGACCCCAAGCUCCGUCCUUCCUUCCCAGAGAUGGUGAAGACACUGGAGGAGAUCCUGAACCGGCUGAGAGCAGAAGAGUCAGAGAGAGAGAGGCUACACCUCAGUGUGGAGAGCAUCGACAGGAAGACAUUUCCCAAAGGUCCAGGUGAUAAGAUACAGGGAGUGAAACGCUCAAACCCGAUGGGACUUCAGGAUGGCAAGAUCCCUCCCAAGUCUCCCAGGCCAAGGCGGAACAUCUUGCUUUCACGGAGCCAGUCGGACAUUUUCGCUCGGAAGUCAAGCCACAAGAUCAAUGUUCAGGACCCCUAUUACCAGCCAACACGAGGCGGAGCUGGCGGCCGCAAGAUCAACCCUUUCAAUGCCCGGGAGGACCUCAAGGGUGGCAAAACCAAGUUUUUCGACAUGCCCAGCAAGUCUGUUAUCUCGCUGGUGUUUGACCUGCACUCCCCCCAGAGCGGUGUGAUCACCUCCCGGCGACAGUUCAGACGGGGCUAUGUGGGUGCGGUGGGGGUUGAUCACUGGCAGGAACCUUCCCAGUUUCCAGGCAGGCGCUGUCGAUCGCUGCCCGUCUCUCCUGUGUUGCUACCCAAAGAGUGCUUCGGAAUUGGGGGCGGCGAGCUGUCCUCCACUGUCUGCAAGUGCGACCCUGUGUUGCUGGUCAACGAGGUGCGACAGAAGGUGCUAAGCAGUGGAGGCAAAUAUUCUAUACUGGAGAUCCCGCCCUUCCGUCCCAGGUCCAAUUCGGAGGAAUUUGAGGAGGAGGUAGACAGGGGUGAUUGUGAGGAUGGCGAGAGUUGGUCUACUCAUCACCAACAGGCUGCUUCUCAGUCUGCUGAUCGGGACGAGGCUAUGGAUUGCUCAGACAGCCAGGGGGGACCAGAAGAACCAGGGGAGGAUGAUUGUGAGUUUUACCCUGCUGUAGACAGGUUAAGCCCCCCAGUGAGCUGUGGACGCGGUGAGAACAGCACUUCGAGUGGGAACUCUGUCUGUGAGGAUAUGGAGGCAGAGAACGAGGAGGAGAUGCAGAGGGAUAUGUCCAAUCUGACCAUCCCUGUAGUGACGGGGUUAGGGGCACAGACUCCAACCACAGACAGCAGCAAGUCUUCUUUCAGCCUCAGCAUCUCGGUGGAGCCUGACUCUGAUGAGGAGUCUUUUCUCUCCUCUGAGGAAAACUUUGGCCCCAUCAUACAAGCCCCCUGCGUGGUGUCUAGAUCGCCAGACAUCCAAUCCAAAUGUGACAUUUAAAAAUAAAGGAAUUGAAAAGAAAAACGAUUAUUUUUUGUGCCCAAGGUGUUAAGGAAGAAUAAGUUUGUCUACUUGAUGAUGACAGGCAGACAGAGUAUUUUUUUUUUUAAUUUAUUGUUGUUGUUGGUGUAAGUAAUGUUUAAUACACUAUAGCGGUUCCCGAGAAGUUGUUUUGUAUUGUUUGUACAUGAGGAGAUCCUCUGAAUGACAAGUGAGGGAUCCACUUUGGAAUCAUGGUCCAUUAUUUCAUAUCCUGACCAUCAUAAUCAAGUUACUAUACAUAAUAAGACCAGUCAUGGGAGUGACCCAACUUUAGUUUCAUUUUGACAGCUAUCUGCAGUUACAUCAAACCUGAAAUCUCCAACUAUCCCUGAGAAUGUUUGGUAUUGCAUGUUCUUGUCAAUUUAAUAAUAACCCACGAUAAGUAUGUGGAAUGACACAAAAGCAGAUUUAUCUUUUAGAUCAAUUGUAAUAUAUCACACACACAAAUAAGACCGUAUAUUUAUAUUAACACAAUACACUGAUGCGUAUGCACAAACAAAUGCACAUUUUUUUAAACCUAUCUAAUAGCAAAAUUAUCUUAUUUUAUGAAACAUGUAAAAAACUAUGAACAAAAAUACCAUUACGAGUGCAAAAUAUUUUUUAAAAACAUUAAGAAAUGAACUAAAGGGCUGUGUUAUUUACAUCUUAAAACAAUCACCAAUUGUUGUUUUGGUCAUGGAUAAAUAUAAAGUAUGUGUACACAGUGUAAUAUAAAUAUAAUAAAUGCAGAGGGUGACAAUGUAAUUUGAAACCCACAGAUAAAUGUGUUCUAGCUUCUGAACAUUGUGUUUCAAACAGUGAAUGAAAAAUUUGCCUCCUUGAGAUUUUGUGAUAUAAAGUUCUGCACACAAAUAAGUUUACACUGCCUAUAUCAAGAGACCUUGAGUUCACUGUAGUGCAGCUGAUGAAAACACUGGGCUUGCAGAUAUGUUGAAGUGAAAGUAAAAAACAAACAAAAACAACAACAAAUGUCUUCCGAGCAAUAUCUAAUACCAUAAUGUGAUCAUUUUUAAGACCCAUCACAAAUAAAGCAAAGCUGUUUCUAUCGUGUGGCGAAGCCGAUAAUAAACAAUAAACCACACUAUAUAUAUAUAUAUAAAAUAUAAUGGCCACUGCCUUCUGAACCAGAAAGUGGUUGAACAGCUGUCUGCAUUUUCAGUGAGUCAGCACUGUGUACUGUAUAUGAUUAUUUAGCUGCAGUGUCAGUAUUAUGAUGCUACUCUACUAAGCCCACAAAUAGUGAUUGUAAAAGUUUUAGGGAAAGUGGAAUUGGGGGAUAUAUAUAUUUUUAAUCCUUUUUUUGUUUGUUUUUUAAUUGCCUUGUGUAGUAAACACCAAUAUAAAUGUUAAUGUUGCAGCCAUAAAGUGCUUUCUGGCAUUUUCGUUAUAAAAAGUGAUAUUGCAAGAAAAAGUUUUACUGAACAGCUAAAACCCCAAGACUAGAAGGGCUUUCGUUUGUCGAAAGGCUCUUUCAGUUGUAAUGGUGAGGGUGUUUGAUAUUCAUAGGAUGAAUUUUUAAAAGGGGUCUCCUUUCCUGGUUAGGAUUUAAGUUGUUAUGUUGGGUUGUUGUUGUUGGGGGGGGGGGGGGAAUAUAGCCUGUUCUUGUUUGCAUUUGUUGAAUGAUGCUGUUCUAGUGUCACUACAUUUCUAUGCAAUAAAGAAGUAGCCUCAAAUUUUUUUUAAAUCUAUUUUGGUAUUUAUGAAUUUAAUUAUGGUUUAAAACACCUCUGUUAACUUGUAAAAUAUGAGUUUUUUGCUGUUAAUAAAUACUCCUUUCUGGUUUUUCUCUCCUUUUUGUUCUGUAUUUUAUUAGUUUUUUUUUUUAUUGGGGGGGGGGGGGUCUGUACCAUUUUGGUGUUUAAUGUGAAGCCAGGAUGAUGUUUUGUCUGAGGAUAGAUUUGAUUUAUUUUGUACAGUAACCAAAAAAAUUGAACACUUUAAUCCAAAGACAACAACCAGGGUUUAAAUAUUUGCAUAAUUGUCUUUUUUAUUAUUUUACAUAAAUGUUUUCCCCACUUGUUUAAAUAAU